AUGGCUUACGUCGCUUUGGUGCUCUUGUUGGUGGCAGCCGUGAGCUGCUCCAGCAAUGAUAUCAUUGGCACUCCCGUUGAAGUCACAACGUUUCCCAGUAUUGUCCAGGUUGAGAUCCGCGUAGGUGAUUAUUGGAUCCAGAAGUGCGCUGGAGGUAUCAUCACCAAUUACCACAUCGUCUCUGUCGCCACGUGUUUUAGUGGAGCUAACUACAGUCCAGAACGCCGUCGAGUUAGAGCAGGCGCCAGUCGACGCGGUGAAGCCGGAAGUAUUGUCUACGUUAUGCAGGAAUACAACCACUAUUACUUCGGUUCCUUGGACGCUGACGGUGACAUAAGCGUCGUCCGUCUCACCGGUCCCCUGACCUUCAGUACCGGCAUAGCUCAGGCUCCUAUUGUCGGACAGGGGAUUGAGCUGCCUUCAGGACUUAAAGUUGUGAACGUUGGCUGGGGCACCACUGUUCAAGGGGGCCAGGACGUCGACGACGCCUUGUACAAACUCGACCUAUUUACUCAGAACAAUGACCGCUGUGUCGUUAAGUACCUUUAUGCAACUAACCCCAGAGUCGUUACCGAGAAUAUGAUCUGUGCCGGUCUGUACGGGAAAGGUCGGGACUUUGACGUCAGUGACCUUGGUUCCCCCCUCUACUAUGACAACGUCCUAGUGGGUCUCCUCUCGUUUGGCGUGCCUAACGCUGAUGAUGAGUACCCUGUUGUCGCUACUGCUGUAUCGUUUUUCAGUAACUGGAUCACCAGAACCGCCGUUUAA